AUGCUAGACGACCCCAGCCUAUGGCUACACAUAUGUAUUUCAGCUGCUCUGGUGGUGAUUGGCGGGGCCUUUUCAGGGUUGACGAUCGCCCUGAUGACCCAAGAUGAAGUUUAUCUCCGAGUGAUCGAACUUUCCGGAGAACCGACGGACCAAGAAAACGCCAAAAAGGUCAUUGCGCUUCUAAAACGCGGCAAGCAUUGGAUUCUCGUCGCCCUCCUACUCGGCAAUGCCAUCACUAGCGAGGCUCUGCCCGUCGUACUAGAUCAAUUUCUCGACGGCGGGGUGGCCGUGCUGGCAAGUACUGCACUCGUCGUCAUAUUCAGCGAUGUGAUCCCGCAGUCCGUUUGCGCUCGCCAUGCGCUCAAAAUCGGUGCGUACAUGGCGCCCAGUGUGUCAAUGAUCAUGAACAUCCUGGCUCCCAUUGCGUGGCCCAUUGCCAAAUUACUGGAUCGUCUCGUUGGCGACCACGAUUCCACGGGAUAUAAGCGAUCCGGCCUCAAGGCUCUGUUCUCGAUUCACAGAGUGCUGGGCAAGGCCGAGGAACGACUCAACGCCGACGAAGUCAAGAUAACCCAUGGUGCGCUGGGGAUGAUUGAGAAGGUCGUCACUAAUAUCAUGACGCCCAUCGACGCUAUCUUCUCUCUACCCGCCGAUGCAGUCUUGGACGAAUACGCAAUGGACCGCAUCAGGAUCCAAGGGUAUUCUCGGAUCCCCGUACACGCCCCCGGCAACCGCAUGGACAUCAUCGGUGUGCUCCAGGCAAAGUCGCUGCUCAAAUACAACCCCAAGCUCACCAGACGAGUGUGCGAUUUCGACUGGUCUUCACCUCCGGUGAUCGACUCAAGAACAAACUGUUUGAAUGUCCUGAAGAUUUUCCAGGAAGGAACACACCACAUGAUCGUCAUCAGUCAGAAAGAGAGGAACCUGGUCCUUGGAAUCGUCACUCGAGAAGACAUUCUUGAAGAGUUGAUCGGAGAGGACAUUUUGGAUGAGUUCGAUGGCAGAUAUGACAGAGCGACUGAAUUGGCGCGUCAAAUGAGCCCCGUUCCCACGCGCCCAUCUUCCUCCGAGAAGUUUGUGGAAAAGUCCCCGAUCAUCGCCAUCUCCGCUCCCGAGAGCGAAUUGCUCAGCGCUUGGGUUAAAGAGACUGCUUUCCCUCAGAAAUACGGCUCUGUUGAUAACUUCAACUCUGCAGCCCAGUGGAAAUACAUUCAAUCUUACCUUGCACAAACGAGAAAACGACAGCGACUUGAGAAUGCCACGAGGAGAGCAUAUGGAACGCUUUCAUGA